AUGCACAUUCCACUGCUUCUCCUACCCGUCUUGGGUGCUCUCACCCAAGCCAGCCCAAUCAUCUCACGAGCAUCGUCAUGGCCAAACGCACCCUUCACCACCUCAGGCCGUGACAUCAAGAACAAUCUCAACGAGACAGUCACCUAUGCCGGAGUCAACUGGCCCGGUGCAGCAGACACCAUGAUCCCCGAAGGCCUCCAAUACCAAUCCGUCAGCACAAUCAUGACAAAGAUCAAAGACCUCGGCAUGAAUGUGAUCCGCCUAACCUACGCCAUCGAAAUGAUCGACGACAUCUAUGAAAACGCAGACACAAGUCUCAAAACCGCCUUCAUCCAAGCACUAGGCGAAACAAAUGGCACAAAGGUUUUGAACCAAGUGCUGAUCAGCAACCCUUCAUUCACCGAAAACACCACUCGCUUGGAGGUGUUUGACGCCAUCGCCGCAGAAGCGUAUACCCAACAAAUCUACGUCCACCUCGACAACCACGUGUCCAAAGGAAUAUGGUGCUGCGGCCACGAUGACGGAAACGCCUGGUUUGGAGAUACCUACUUCAACGUUACGUCCUGGAAGCGCGGUCUAGCUUUCAUGGCCUCCCACGCCUCUUCCUGGCCAGCAUUCACUUCAAUCUCCCUGCGCAAUGAACUGCGCACCACCACAAACGGCACAGGCGACAAUUGGGUGUCUUGGUACGAAAACAUGAUCCCAGCCGCCGAUGGGAUAUACGCCGCAAACGACCAACCAUUAAUCUUCUUCUCCGGUUUGAAUUACGACACACAAUUGGGCACGAUAGUGAAUGGCAAUGACAUCGGCAACGGCACCGCAUUCUCCCUACACGAUCACGCCUACGCGGACAAAAUAAUCUGGGAACUGCACAACUAUGCAAACAGCGCCACCAGUUGCGGAAGCAUCAGAAGCAGUUUGAGAAAUCAAGGAUACAACGCCAUGGAAGGGGGAAAUGUGACAAACAAGGCGCCAGUGCUGUUGACGGAAUUCGGGUUCGAUCAGAAUACUGCAAGUCAGAGUGUUUAUGCGCAGUGUAUCAAGGAGUAUUUGACGGGACUGCCUGGAGGUCCUGGUGGUUGGAUGCAGUGGGUUAUUUCGGGUAGUUAUUAUAUCCGUCAGGGUGAGCAGGAUAAGGAUGAGACUUGGGGAUUGUUGAAUCACGAUUGGUCUGAGUGGCGCAACCAGACGGCAGCUGACUACACAAAGAGCUUUGUAGAUGCUACUCUUGUGUAG